AUGGCGCUUCCAUACGUAAAACAUCAGCGGAGGCCAAAAUUCUCUGAAACUGAGGCAUUGACCUUGGUGGAGGAGGUGGAGCGGCGUCGCCACAUAAUUCUAGGAAGGCUGGAGGGAUCAAAAGUGACGGGGGUGAAAAAACAGCGAGCGUGGGAGGAGGUGACAGCUCUCGUCAACGAGGUCAGCCGUGUCGGGAGGACAGAAGAGGAGUGCCGCCGCAAGUUCAAAGACUUACGAAGCCUGGUGAAGGUUAAGGCGGGCAAAGAGCAGAGGCACCUCGCAGGCACCGGUGGGGGACCUUCAGACACCACCAGCUACACAGCUGUAGAGGAGGUGGUGUUAAGGAUGAUGUCCCCUGUGGCAGUCACAGGACUACCACUCCCCGACAGUCAGGGUGCCACAAUGAGGUUGUCAGGUUCUGUGGAGGAACCGCAGCCUUCCACCAGCAGUGGUGUUGGUGUCUCAUUGGGGGACUCCCAAUUUAUUGAAAUUUUCAACUUAGAAGAGAACACCACUAUAAGCUUCACGGAUGCAGCUGCUGGUGAGGUUGCUGCCCGGCCUGCCUCUACCCUCCACCCUGUCGCUUCCCAGCCUGCUGCAACUCCUCAGCCCUUCACUUCCCCCCGGCCUGUCCCUUCCCAGCCUGCCGCUACCCACCGGCCUGUUGCUUCCCAACCACCACUACCAGGUGCCCAGAGAAGAAGGCGCAGAACUCCUGCAGUUGCUCACUCCAAAGACCUGGAGGUUCUCGCCCAAGCUCAGGUCACACAAGUGGAUAUGCAGUGCAGCCUGGAUGCUCUCGUCAUGAUCCAGAGGGAGCAAGGGGAGGCACUGCAGAGGUUGGUGCAGGCCAUUGAGCAGAUGGCUGCAACGCAGCAGCAGGUUCUGGAGAACAUGGCAGCAGCACAGAGAGGCAUGAUGGCCUCUCUGCAGGAGUUUGUAGCUCUUGCUAUGGAACUCCUGAAAAAAAAAUAAGUUUCCUGUCAGUUGUCUUCUACAAUCACCUUUUCUCUGUAACUGUCUUCAACCAUUAAAAUCUCUUUGCAUUGUUGCUUCGCUCUCCAUUUUCUAAUUAUUUUCAUGCUUACUGCUCUUCUGAACUUGCUAACUGCAUGCCUCCCUUAUUCCUUAAUCUUCACACCAUGUCUUUCUACUCAAGCUCACCCCUAUACUGUAUAAAACCACUUAUGUACCUGUAUUAAUUCUUCCCUUUCACUGGUUAACUCUGGAACAGCCUAUCUGAACCUGUAUUUCCUUCAGCCUAUUACUUAGUGCCUUCAAGAAGGGAGUAUUGAGGCACCUAUGUUAAGUACAUUAUAAUUCUAAAAUGUUUAGUAUUUUUUGGUGCUGUGAUUCAAGAGUGUAUGUACAAUAUAAUGUUCAAAUAUUUAUUAAUUUUUUGCGUGCUGUGAUUCAUGACAGUGUUACUGUGAUAUUUACAGGGUAAUGCCAUAUUGUGCAUUUUCUUGGUGCUGUGAUUCAGGAUAUUGUUAAUUUGGUAGUUAUAGUAUUGUGUCAGUGUAAUAUUUAAGUGAUACUGUUACCAUAAUAUAUACACUCCUUUUUGGUAUAGAUUUGUAUUACUCUAACCUAACAUUUGCCAGCGAAUUCUUCUUGAUAUUAAAAUCCUGCACUUAUA